CCCUCUCACUCUCUCCGUCUCUUUGACAAUAUUACCCUAUAUGAACAUUAAACCCAUACGAACCUUUGCUUGAACCAUUUAACGGAUGACUGGGAUCAAUUGACAUCGCAUUCUUCAAAAUGACUAAUCUCGCUGCAUCGUCGACGUCGAGUAAUAUGGCCGAGAACGAGGCCAAGGGGAAGCGAAAGGCUUCCACGGCGGAUCUCCCUGCCAAUGCCCGUCCUGUAAAACGGAGGGCAUCCAAGGCAUGUUGUUGCUGCCGCGCUCGGAAAGUUCGCUGUGAUGUGGUUGAAAAUGGCUCUCCCUGUACAAAUUGUCGCCUUGAUCAAGUAGACUGCGUUGUCACCGAGAGCAAAAGGAGAAAGAAAUCACGUGUUGAAGUUGACAAUGCCAACCAUCAGCUUUCUCAGUCACCCGCUGAGGUCCCCGACGACGGUGGAAGUAUUCUCAGGAGACUCAGUGAAUGCCAUGGGUUCUCUGACGUUGCCCCGGCAUCUCCUUCCCAGCGCUCUGUAGAUCUGGACCAGGGGCAACAUAUGCCACAUCUUCUAUGUUCGUAUUCUACCUGGAGGUCAUACUCUUUGGAUACAUGUGUGCUGAUAGGAACACCAUGUAUAGAUCAAAGUCAAGCUAGUCGAAUUGGCGCCGGAGCUGAGCAAUUUCGAAGAAGAAUGGCGCCCAAUCCUGCGGUGCCCGCCACCAUGCCUUUGCAUCAUGUCACGUCGCAGAUCCAACAACUGCUAGAUCCUUCAUUCGCGAACGCUAGAUCUGGAGGCAUUAUUUUGCCCGAUUAUAUCCGAGGAUUGCCGCCCCGCUUGCAGAAGGAGGAUAUUGACUAUUUGGCAAUGAAAGGCGCAUUGACGGUGCCUGAUGUGCCACUGCGGAACGAGCUGCUCAAGGCCUACAUUCAUUACGUCCAUACGUACAUGCCCCUCCUAGAUCUGGAGGACUUCCUGCAAACUAUCGUGCAGAAUGAUGGGAUUCGCCGUAUGAGUCUUUUGCUGUUCCAGGCUGUGAUGUUUGCAGGUACCGCCUUCGUCGACCUGAAGCACCUUCAAGCGGCCGGAUACUCGAGUCGGAAGGUAGCUCGAAAAGCCUUCUUCCAACGCGCCAGGCUCUUGUACGAUUUUGACUAUGAGGUGGAUCGAAUUUCUCUCGUCCAGUCCCUGCUGUUGAUGACCUACUGGUAUGAGACCCCAGACGAUCAAAAAGAUACCUGGCACUGGAUGGGUGUCAGCCUGUCUUUGGCACAUACAAUCGGUUUGCACCGCGACCCAGGUAAUUCUCGAAUGGAUGUCCGACGCCAGCGAAUGUGGAAGCGCAUCUGGUGGAGCACCUACACUCGCGACCGCUUGAUCGCCUUGGGAAUGAGACGUCCCAUGCGGGUCAAGGAUGACGAUUGUGAUGUUCCUAUGUUGACCCUCGAUGACUUCGAAUUCCACCCAUUUUCCCCGGAGAUUGUCAACAUGGUCGGCAGCUCGGAGAUCCUCCAGGAUAUGAACCACCAGAAAGAGCUUGCGCUCAUGUUCAUUGAGAAGGCGAAGCUUUGUCUCUGUGUUAGCCACGUCCUCUCGGCACAAUACUCGGUGCUCAGCCAUAAGUUCGGCGGUACGAUGGAAACAACCAUGAUGUUGGUCCCGAAGAAGUCAGCAGCAGAGACAUUCGAGGUUCGGCGAUGCGAUCAGGAACUGGAAGACUGGCUGGCCCAUCUUCCGUCAGAAAUUCAAUACGCUUCGAUGGCCCCCGCGAAACUGACCGAGGCACAAGAAGUCUUACAUUCUCAUCGGGCGCUCCUAAAGAUGGUGUAUUUGACAACGUCAAGCGCACUGCACCGGCCUCAGGUUCUUCCUGCCAUGCCCUUCCCAUCCACGGAUGCGGAGCUGCAGGACAUUUCUAGGAACAAGGUUCGGUUUGCUGCGGUCGAGAUUACAAGCAUUGCUCAGGACCUGCACGCUCUCGAUUUAACUCGGUUUUUCCCUACGACCGGUGUGACAGUCCUCUUGCCCGCAGUUAUUAUACAUCUUCUUGAUAUCAAGUCUAGCGAUCCCAACGUCCGGAUGGUCAGUCUUCAGCGAUUUUACCAAUGCAUGCGCAUUCUACAGCGCUUGAGGGAGAUCUACGCGUCGGCCGACUUUGCAACAUCAUUCUUGGAGGCCGCGAUCCGCAAGGCCGGCAUUCAACUUACAGUUGCGCCGCAAGACGUACAAGCGCGAACUAGUAGCGUGUUCGAUUCUGUUCGGCUAAAUACAUUGACACCGCCCCCAGAUUCUUUGGCACAGAAGAUUCCUGACCUGACUUACCCAAAGACCAGUAGCGCCGGACUAGCUGGCGAGGCCGGGGAGGCCUCAGGGUUCGCCUCGACCCCGCCACCGUCCGACGGCAGCGAAAACGGCAGUACCAACAACGUUAACCCACAUUACCAUCGGGACGCUUUCGCUAUUCCAAAUCUGGACUCUGAUCUAAGCAUUAGCGAACUCAUGGACCUGGCGAAUGACGCAGAGGUGACUCAGAACGAUUUUGAUGCUUUGAUCAACUUUGAUGACACUGGUGCGGACUUGUUCACAGCCGACGACGGUCUCCCCAUCCAUGGAAAUCCGAAUGGCAAGGAGUAUGGUUUCAAUAUCGGCCCUAUGGACAACGUUCCGGACCUGUUCGGACCGGAGAGCAAAGCAGUUGGCUUGGCCGGCCUAGGCGAUGGGCACCUCCAUGAGGAUCGCACUUCGACGAAUAUGGGGACCAACGAGCCACCACGGCCCGAGGUUAACGGCAUCCCCGAUCUCGACGCCGAGCUUGGAUUGAAUCUAUGACUAUAACAAGCUAUGUGUUAUGAUUUUUCCUUUUUCUUUUGUCGGAUUAUAUAUUUAUGGGGCUAGGUGUAAAUUCCUUUCCGUCAACUCAUUUUAGUUGGAUGCUUUCAAAAGCAUGGGCUGGGGAGUUUCUUUUCUUUGCAUC